CAGGCCGGCUCAGUUUGCGGCCCACGACAAACCCUAAUCAUCUCUCUCUCUCUCUCUCUCUCUCUCUCUCUCUCACCGCCGUAGCUCAUCGUCUCGUUUUCUCUCCGAUCGAUUCGUCGCCCUCAUCUCGUGCUCUUCUCCUCUCAAUUCUCGGACCAGUGAGUAGAUGGCAUCGAAGCUGAAUCAGCUUCGAUCAAAGGCAGCUCAAGCCUCGCAAUUUGUGACGAAGCAUGGGUGUGCUUAUUAUAAGGAACUGUUAGAGAACAACAAGAAAUACAUUGUUGAUCCACCCACGGUCGAAAAGUGCCAAGAAUUGUCAAAGCAGCUCUUUUACACACGCCUUGCAAGCAUUCCUGGCCGUUAUGAGGCAUUCUGGAAAGAGCUCGAUGGCGUGAAACACAUAUGGAGGAACAGGAAGGAGCUCAAGGUUGAGGAUGCCGGCAUUGCGGCCUUGUUCGGGCUCGAGCUGUACGCCUGGUUCUGCGUCGGCGAGAUUGUGGGGAGAGGAUUCACUUUCACCGGCUACUAUGUUUGAGCUGUCUCCCGGUUAGAUAUCUGGUCUUACACACUAUAUCUCUUUCCUUGUGUAAUUGUUCGUCGGAUGAUUUAAGGAGUUUUAUCUCAUUUCACCUGCGAAAUUUUGUCGCCCCAAGAGAUUUUUGGACCUGGUUGCCGGUGAGACAAACAUCCUUUACCUCAAAUAAUUUGCGGGCUUGAUUGGCAUCUCUUGUUAUUCUAUCUAUUAAAUGUUAUAUUUGGUUCCUACUUUCCAAAUUCUCUCUCUCUCUCCCUUUUA